AAAGGAGCGACCCUUCUCCAGAGCAGACACAGCGGACCAAGAGUCCUCAACCUGACUGAGAGCAGCCAACUGAUGAGUUCGAGCUGAGCGUCGCGCCACAAAACUCCUGAAGACCUUCGGACUUCAUCUUGUCUCGUUCCUCGUCUGUUGACUUCCUGUCUCUCCAGACUCCUCUUCGCCAUGCCUCCGGUGAUGCAGUCCCAAAAACACAACGGUCCCAGGCUCCAGCAGGGAGACCUGAGCUUCCUCAGCCCAGCGCUCCGGGAGUUUGUGGAGACCAACGUGGCCCUGUGCCAGCCCGAGUCCGUCCACAUCUGUGACGGUUCGGAUCAGGAGAACCGAGCCAUCCUGGCCCAGCUGGAGAAGCAGGGGAUGAUCAAGAAGCUCACCAAGUAUGAGAACUGCUGGUUGGCCAGAACCGACCCACAGGACGUGGCCCGGAUAGAGAGCAAGACGGUGAUUGUUACCAGGAACCAGAGGGAAACUGUGCCCACGCCGCUGGGAGGUGGAGUCAGCCAACUGGGGCGCUGGAUGUCCCCAGAAGAGUUCGACAAAGCCAUGGCUCAGCGGUUCCCCGGCUGCAUGAAAGGUCGCACCAUGUACGUGAUUCCGUUCAGCAUGGGUCCAGUGGGUUCCCCGCUGUCUAAGAUCGGCGUGGAGCUGACCGACUCACCCUAUGUGGUGGCCAGCAUGAGGGUGAUGACACGCAUGGGGAAGUCUGUACUGUCCGCUCUGGGAAAUGGAGAGUUUGUCCGGUGUCUUCACUCCGUCGGCUGUCCUCUCCCACUCAAAAAGCCUCUGGUGAAUAACUGGCCCUGCAACCCUGAGCAGACUCUGAUCGCACACAUCCCAGACCGCAGACAGAUCGUCUCAUUCGGCAGUGGUUAUGGUGGAAACUCUCUGCUGGGGAAGAAGUGCUUCGCGUUGCGCAUUGCCUCCCGCAUCGCCAAGGAGGAGGGCUGGCUGGCUGAACAUAUGCUGAUCCUGGGCAUCACCAACCCUGCUGGGGAGAAGAAGUACAUGGCAGCAGCCUUCCCCAGCGCCUGCGGAAAAACAAACCUGGCCAUGCUCUGCCCAACGUUGCCUGGAUGGAAGGUUGAGUGUGUCGGAGACGACAUCGCCUGGAUGAAGUUUGACAACCAAGGCAACCUACGUGCCAUCAACCCUGAGAACGGCUUCUUCGGCGUCGCGCCUGGCACGUCCGUCAAAACCAACCCCAACGCGAUGGCCACCAUCGUUAAGAACACCAUCUUCACAAAUGUUGGCGAGACCAGCGAUGGGGGAGUGUACUGGGAGGGAAUGGACCAAGAGCUGCCUGAGGGAGUGACGCUCACAUCCUGGAAGAACAAGCCCUGGACUUCAGAGAUGGGAGAACCUUGCGCUCAUCCCAACUCUCGUUUCUGCACGCCGGCCGGUCAGUGUCCCAUCAUCGACCCGCAGUGGGAAUCCCCCGAGGGCGUCCCCAUCGAGGCCAUCAUCUUUGGAGGCCGCAGGCCAGAAGGUGUUCCUCUGGUGUACGAAGCCUUCGACUGGCAGCACGGUGUGUUUGUUGGAGCAGCCAUGAGGUCGGAGGCCACCGCAGCCGCUGAACACAAAGGAAAAGUAAUCAUGCACGAUCCUUUCGCCAUGCGCCCGUUCUUCGGCUACAACUUCGGUCAGUACCUCUCCCACUGGCUGAGCAUGGCGGACCACCCCGGUGCCAAGCUGCCCAGGAUCUUCCACGUCAACUGGUUCCGCAAGAGCCCCACCGCCGGCUUCCUCUGGCCCGGUUUCGGCGACAACAUCCGCGUCCUGGACUGGAUGUUCCGACGGAUCGACUGCGAGACAAAAGGCGUGCCCUCGGUGGUGGGCUUCCUGCCCGGCCGCGACGCCCUGGACCUGCAGGGUCUGCAGGGGGAGGUGAACCUGGACGAGCUGUUCGCCCUGGAUCAGGAGUUCUGGCAGAGGGAGGUGGACGAGGUGAGGGAGUACUUCACCACGCAGGUGAACGCCGACCUGCCGGACGAGGUGGCCUGGCAGCUGGAGCUCCUGCAGCAGAGGGUGAAGCAGAUGGGAAGAGAAACGAAGCUGCUAAAGGACUAAUUAGUGAUUCAGUGAAAGAAAAACAGCAGAAACCUUAGAUCAAAUCAGUUUACACUGUUUAAGGCUCAAACCUUAACAUAAGAGACUCAUAAUUGUCUCCUUAAUUCUGUUAAUUAAUUUCCAAUAAGUCAGAUUUUUAUCAAAGACUGCUGAACUCAACAAGAAAUAUUUAUUUCUCUAUCAUCCAAGCGUUGCAGCAGCAUUAUUGUGUUUUGUCUCACUGUGUUUGUCUAGUUUAUUUAAGGAUAACUUAUUCCAAAUGCAUCAUUGUGUUAUUGCCACAUGGAUGUCCCCCUCGCUCAGAGGGUGAAUGUAUGGUAGUUUGUUGUCUUAAUUUAUUUUUAUACAGUAUUUGUUCCUGUUGGUUCUGUUUGCUGUAAUUUGGAUUUAUUGGAAAGAGAAGACGUUAAUAAACAUUUUAAAACGAUCA